AUGGAGCUCGCUGCCAAACGUCGUACUUCGCUGCGAGAGCAAUCGUCAACCCCUGCGCCGCCGCCCGAGCCAGUACGCGAGCCCACACCGGAACCUUCACUGCCGCCGCCGCUUCCCACUUCCAUACAGGUCGGGAAGCCUUUGCCCACUGUCGAGGACCCGCAGCCGGGAAGCUUGUCCUCCAAAGAAUUUCAUGGUGUUCUCGCCGAGUCGCUGUCCCGAUCCCGUCAUAGGUGGAUCAAUGAAGGGCUGUUCGAGAAAUACUGGACCAAGCCGUACAAGCGAAAGGGCGUCCUGCACGAGGAUCCCAAGAAUCCACCAAAGGACAGCAUGAUGAAGGUCGGCGCCGUCACCAUCACCAUCGAGCCGCACAUAGUCGAGGCCACAAUGUACGCUGUCAAGACAUCGAAGCUACCUGAGCGGCAGACACCAGCCGCUGGGAAGCAGCAGCAGCAACCGACGCCAACGGCCAGCAAGCAACAGCAGACACCAGGCACGAAGAAACAGCAUCCGCAAUUGCAGGCGAAGAAACAGCCCGCAAAAGUACGGCCAGUCCUCCAAUACGGCCCUCCCAACGGCUACAUGCCCCCCCCUCCAUCUACACCAACGCCCAUAACGCCCAUGCCGAUGAUUGCGGCAAAGUCACCUGUAUUUGUCCCAUCACCGAGUCUGACGACCCGACAACUCCAGCCGUCGCCAUCGCCUGCGCCUCCGCCUGCACCUGCGCCGCAAAUACCGCACCAACCCGUGUCCGGGACUGAACUCGUCCACUCUGCUCCUGCAAUGCACAAUGCGGCUCCAUCUGCGAACCCUGGAAUGACUCCCCGGGCCUCUCCGGCAAGUUCCUCCCUACCAAGAGCAGCUCCUCCGCUGGCCGCAGCGAACCAGCCUUUGCCAAACCCGCCCCAAAUACAAGUCGCUACCCCCCCGCCAAGCAGCACACCUCCGGUUCACGCUACAGACCGACCUCCCGGACCGGUUGGUGCAGCUCCGUCUCCUUCGGUGGCAAAACCGGCAGCGCCGGUGGCAAAACCCGCCGUGAACGAUCCUGUCAUAGCCCUCUUGGCCCAGAAAGCCUCUGGUGAUCCAGCACUGCGUGACUUGAUGAAGCGAGUGGCCGUUGGGCAGGCGAGAGAAGGGGAGCUGGCGCAGUUUCAGAGGAUCAUUGAUCAGCUCAACGCCGAGUACAAGCAGAAGGGUGGACAGCAAGGACCGUCGGCAGAUAGGCUGCUGGUCGAUGGUCGGACGGUGAAGUAUUUUGCUGAUGAGGUUCGGACGAUUCUUGACAUCGUCCUGGCCUCUAAUCCGCACCAGAAGUCGAGCGAGUUGCGCCCUCCUCCAAGAAGCGACCCCCUCGUCGUUCUUGUCGUAAAAACGGCACUGGAGGACCAGAGGACGAAAGACAUGAUUCGGCGCGUCGCCGAUGGACGACCGGGUCCUACUGAUGCGCAAGACCUGAAAGAUAUUCUCGAUCGACUGCACCGGGAUGCGAAGAUUGUCCCGAAGGCUUCGAUUCCUCCAGCCCAAGCGAGGCCGCAGGUGCCCAAUGGGCUGCCUAAUGGUCAGGUGAAGGCCGCUGGUGCUCCCGCCAUGGCACAGCCAACUCCGCAGCCGCUUCGCUCCAAAGCUGCUCCACCCGUCUCUCGGCCCGACAUAUCGGCAGUCAUUUUCGAUUUUGGCACCGGAGAUCGGUAUCUGUUCCCCAAGUACAGUGUGUUGGAAUUUCUGCCGACGCAGACUGGACAGCAAGUUGUCGCUUCGUUCUUGAUCGUGCGCAAGGGCAGCACCUCUGACUAUGGCGGAGACCCAGCGUUGGAUUACUACCAGCCAGUUACCAUUCGACUUCAGUCCAAUAGCGGCCGGCAUCUCGAAAACCUGGCAAGGGUCGUGGCUCCGCAGGAUGAAGUGCGUUGGUACAUGGACGACAUCAUGGAUAACAUGACACGGGCCGAGUAUGUCCUGUUGGCGAUGCGGCUUCCGAGGAGCGAGCAAGGUGGCGGGGACCAGCCGCCAUCCGCGGGAGAGGAGUCGAAGAAUGAUACCCCCACCCCAAAGCCCGAGUCGGAAAGCGAGAGAAGUCAGUCGGGAAAGCUGGGGGUUCUCUGGUCGACGACUUCCAUCAGAAAAGCACCACAGCCGACUGAUAUGAUGAAAUUCCUCGACCCAGAGCAAGAAAGCCAGUCCCAAUAUGAGCGUCUCAUCCAAGCCGUGGUGGAGAAGCAGGCAGAAGCGAUUUAA